GAAAAACGAAAGCAUCUGUACCUUUAAGAUCGUCUCUCAGCAUCCUCCUCCACCGUCAGGGACGCGCACACACGUACAGCAGCCCAACACCAUAGAGAACAGGCUUCACUCUUUACCCACAAACGUCAGCAUUAUCAUAAAAACAAAAAACGUAUUACAGUUGCAUUUAUCGUCCUCUUCCCCCCCAUUGAUGCAUUUGCUUCAGCGGUCGUCGUAGCGGAGCAGUUGAUCCAUUUCCUUCCCUCCUGCAUCCAAAGACUGAUCUGCGCUGCAAGAUGGCUGAGUUGAAUUUGGGAAAGGGGCUGACGGCUGGCAAAGUGGCAAGCAACGUUCAGAAAAAGCUCACCAGAGCCCAGGAAAAGGUUCUACAGAAGCUUGGCAAAGCAGAUGAGACCAAAGAUGCCGCCUUUGAGGAGUGGGUCAUCAACUUCAACAAGCAAUAUACUGAAGGCAGCAAACUCCAGCGGGACCUAAGGGCAUACCUGGAGGCAGUUAGAGCUAUGCACGAGUCCUCCAAGAACGUACAAGCUUGUCUAGGUGACAUGUAUGAGCCAGACUGGUAUGGCAAGAAUGAAGUGGAUUCCAUUCUGGAGGAUUGUGAUGUGCUCUGGACUGAUUACCACCAGAAGUUGGUUGAUCAUGCUCUGAUCUCCAUGGAUACGUACCUGGGUCAGUUCCCUGAUAUUAAGACUCGCAUUGCAAAGAGAGACAGGAAGCUGGUCGAUUACGACAGUGCCAGACAUAACUAUGCUGCUACACAUAAGACCAAGAAAAAAGACGGGGGCAUCAAAAUUACAAAGCCGUCCACCUUGUUGGAAAGGGCCACUCCAGGUUGGGCUCAGGGUAUCUUGUCAGCACACAACCUUGCUCAGACCAGUCUCUCUAAGAGUCAGGCUGAAGAAGAGUUGGAAAGAGCCCAGAAGGUGUUUGAGGAGAUUAAUCUUGACUUGCAAGAAGAGUUGCCUUCUCUCUGGAACAGUCGGGUUGGAUUUUAUGUCAGCACCUUCCAGAGUUUGGCGGGCUUUGAGGAGAAGUUUCACAAGGAAAUCAGUCGGCUGGACCAGGAUUUGCAUGACGUGUUGGAGAAACUGGAGAGUACAGAACCGACCAGAAGGACAGGUGACCUUGCCGCAGCAUCGUCAGGACCGAGCAGGAGUGAUAGAGAGGACUAUAACCACACUCUCAGACCAGGAGGACCACCCCCAAUCCCAAAAUCUCCAUCCAAGUUAAGACCAGCAGUGCCUCCGCCGCCUAAGGUAACUCCUUCUAAGGAGUUAAAAACAGAGAACAUCAUCAACCUGUUUGAUGCUGCAGCAAAUCCUGAUAUCAGUGUGACCUCCCCUACAGAGUUUGACGGUCCUGCAGUCAGCAACCUGCUGGAUAUGGACCUGGACUCUUUCAGUGACGCAACCAAAGUCUCCACAGUCUCUCAGCCUGCUAACUGGGACUCACGGCCUGAGGAUGCCGAUACCCCGGAAGAAGAAACUCAGAAGCACUAUGACCCUGUUGCUGCUGCUACAGAGGCCUGGGGGGAUGAUGGUACACAGCCCAUCCGCUACGAUCCCAUAGCAGCAGCCACGGAGGGCUGGGGGGAUGACGGGACCCGACCCAUUCGCUAUGACCCUGUGACUGCAGUGCAGGAGGAAUGGGAGGACGACGGGAGCCAGCCGGCUCACUAUGAUACUGUUGAAGAAGCCCAGGAGGGAUGGGCCGACGACGUGGACCAGCCUGUCAAAGAGGAGAUAGCUGCAGCUGAAACACCUGUAGACGAGGCUCCGGCGGACGUUGUCGAGGAGGACAACGCCCCAGCUGCUCCUGAGCUGGAAGAAAAAGAGGGUCAGUUUCAGGAGGAAUCUUCAGCAUCAGCUGCUGCACCUGAAGCAGAAGAAGCCGCGGCAGAGGAGCUGCAGACUCCUGCCACCGCAGCAGAACCAACAGAAGAUUCAUCAGAGACUGCAGAAAUGCCGCCCGGGUUCCUGUUCAAGGUCCAGGUGAUGCAUGACUACGCCGCCAAUGACACAGAUGAACUGGAGAUGAAGGCUGGUGACGUGGUGCUAGUAGUCACAUUUGACAAUCCUGAAGAACAGGAUGAUGGCUGGCUGAUGGGACUAAAGCAGGACGAUUGGCAGCAGAAAAAGGAAAACGCCAGUAAAGGAGUAUUUCCUGAAAACUUCACACAGAGGCUGUGAAAGAAGGGGCACGUUCUUUUGUUGUUACUCCGUUCCUCUUGCCUAUUUAUGUCCUUUCCCCCCCCCCCCCCUCCCCCAUACUGUAUCCUGACAAGGACUUUGGCCAUAUAAACAGAGCUCUGACAGCCCUGGAUGAAGUCAUGUAUUUCUAAGGUCUGCUACACUGUGGCUCUUUUCAUUUAUGUUUUUUUUUUAUGAACAGAUGUAGCCAUUUCAUAGCUCUGUUUGCCAUCAUGCUAUUCUGUAUUUGACAAGUCCUGCUCACUCAGGACAAAAUGUACUGAUCGUAACCUAUACAGUGGCUACAACUAAAAUCAAUUUUUGAUUAGUCAUUCUUUGUCACGUCUCAUCAGCUGAAAUAUACGAUUUGUUGUGCUGUCAUUUCUGCGGCAGAUUGUGAAAAGUGUAAAAGUGUAGGUUGAUGCCAGAUGUAAUAGAAAACCCUAAAAAAAACAUAUCAUCACAGUAAAAAAUAAGUAUGUCCUCUUUCAAGUGCACAGAUUAGUCAGGAUCUGUCAGGAUGCUACUUCUAGACUUUGUUGUACGCUUUGGUAAAUAAAUAACAGCUUUGUACAACAAAUCCCAUUUUUGUUCGCCAGAGGUGGUAUUUAACCAACUACCUUGGGCCAGUUAUUGGUAUUAAGGUGUUUAGAUGUUUUAAAACUACAAGAUACUCAAUUUUACGUCUCUGAGGGUUUUAAAUCCUUUUACUGUAUUGUGCAAAAGUUUUAGCUGGCUGUGUGUAUUAGAGAGUGAUGCAGUGUUGAGUCUCUGUCAGUCAGCUGACUGAAAGAAGGCUCCUACCCUGUUUCACAGCUUACAAGAUGGAGAAAUCUGGCUGAUUUUAACUGAUUUUAGGCAUUAAAAAACACAGAUUGUGAAAUGGAAUGUGAAAGAGCACCAGCCAUCAUUUUUACAAAGGUAAAACAGUUUAAAACAAAGUUGAAAUGCUAAAAGCUGAAAAAUGUUCCUGUGCAAUCAACAUUUGUCCUGAAUUUAGAGGCAGUUUAUCUUCAAUUUUUUCUUCAUUCUGUGAUUCAAAAUCUAAUUAAGAAUGAAUAAAAGUUAUAGAAAGUAUUACUCUGAUUAAUCUAUAUGCUAUACUAAUUUUGUAGCAGUAGGGAAAUAUGUUUAUUUUUUUCUGUUUUAAACAAAAGCAAUUAGUUCAUGUUAAACUUUUUACUGUUAAAAUCAUAGUAGUUUAACUCAAAAUAAUCAUAUUUUAGGUGUCAUACUGGCUCAAGUCUAUUAACCAAUUCCAAAAACGAGCAAAUAAUUUUGGAGGGAUUCAGUUCUGGUAUAUAAACCUGUACAACUGAAAGAGGGUGUACUUUUAUUUUACCUGUGAAAAAAAGCUUUGAAUUAUGUUUUAAAAAGAAAAAAAGGGGGCAAAGGUGCUAUUAUCAAACAGUCUAAAAGGGCAAAAAAAAAACUUACAGAUUAGAAUAUUCAUAGCAGGAUAAAAGAAGUACCACUUCAGAAAUUGUUAUUUCAUCCCAUCCAAACUGAAAAAAAAAAAUACUUUUGAAAACACUCUAGCCCCAUCAGAUAAGAUGCUUGUCGCGUUGCAGGCGGAGUUAAUUUGACCAGUAAUUAAACUCCUUAUGCAUUGCCUUCAGGACCUGUUCAGCAAAUCCUAUAUUCCUACUUUCAUUGUUUACUUGUGGAAAACAGGCCUUUGGUUGUUGUGUUAGUUUAGAGUCUGUGGUGGCACAAGUAGUACGACCCUGUUGUGAAAAAUUCAGAGAGUGGCAUAUGCAAAAAGCAGCUAAUUCAGACAGAUAGACAGACAGCAGGACUCCAGCCUAGACAAUUCUGGUUUCCUAUGAAGUUAAACAAUAAAAACCUCUAUAAUAUAUUGUGAAGUAAUUAGAAAUUCUCUGGAAAGGUCUUGUUUUCACACGAUUCCAAAUAUGCAUUUCUCAGGCCAGCUAAAAAAGCUGGCCAACAUCACAGAGAAGCUGCUGCUGGUAGUAUGAUAGAUGACACCUUAAAUAUAGUCCAAUAUAUAACAACUGAGCCAGCCUAACUCAUUAAAAAAAUGUGCCGAAUACAGUUUGCUAUGUUUGCAAAGAGACUUCUAAUCUCCAAUGCAGAUGUAUGAGAUUAUGCACCAGAGCAACUUCUUUUAUUUUUAUACGCUGCUGAGCAACAAGUUACAUAUAGCCUAUGUCGAUGUAAUUGCCAACUGAGGAAGAUCUGGAGUAUUUUCUACUUAUCUGGGGUUCACUGCUCACAGUGUAGAUACAUAGACAUGUACUAACCCAGUCGUUCAUUCAGUCUCUAACUUAAAAGUCUCAAAUGUCAUUAUCAGUGUGUAGUAGGCGCGCGAGAGAGAAUGUGAGUGGGCAUGAGCGUGUGUUACAAGUUUUUUGAGGAAUACAAAUAUUUAUCUAUAGGCAAAUGUCAUUAACAGUACCACAACCGCUUACAGAGGGAAAGAGUCAACCGUGUAUCAAUGGGAAGGUUUUAUGAUGGUACCCUAGUCAAACAUAUGAGGUCUUUUUCCACUGGCUGGUAUUAUGGUUCCAGGUGUUAUAGUGCAUUUGUUGUGUAUAAGUGUAAUUUCUUUCCAAGCUGUGAUGACAGAUACAUAUUCUAAAAAGACAUUCAUAUCUGUAUGUGAGUAACUGUGAGCAUGCUGACUUUCCAUGUGUUGUUGUGGGAACACCCUUAAUUUAAGGCAGUGAUACUUGGGUCACUUUUGAGGCAGUUGCAACAAGCCAUUUUUUUCUUGUGUCAAUUUUUUUUUAACUUUUUUUAUGGCUACUCUUCUUAAGAGAGAUGGUGCGGGCAUUACAUGGGUUUGUUUUUCAACUUUUCUCAUACGUUUAUCCUUUUUUUUCCCAUCUGCCAUGCCUCAAAAUGUUUCUAGGUAUCGUGGUCCAAAACAGAGUUAAUAACAGGGAGGCAGGACUCAUAGAGGUAAAGUUAAUGCAACCAGACUCAGGUGCACAGAUUUUUUUUUAAAUGCUUUUCAGUAUUUUAGCCACUGUGGAUCUUUUUUUUAGUUUAUUUUUUCCAACCUGUAUUUGAAAGAAAAAAAAUAAAGAAAUUCUCAUAUGUGAGAAUAACAACUUUCUUAUUUGGGUAAAUGACUCAGUCAUGUUUUGUUCUCAAAUUUUGUGUAUAAAUUGGACUUUUUUUUCUUCCUGGGUCUGGUUCUGUCUCCAACUUUAUGGAUCAGUCUCUGAUGGUGAUUUCUGGGAUAUGACAAAAGGUUUUGUUUUGUUUUUUCCCUGUACCGAAAUGACCAGUAAGAAUAAAAAUUACUUAGAACCCGUU